AUGAGAUCUACCCGCACCGACGUUGCGCGGACAGUGGCGCAGAAAACACGGCUUAUCCGGAGAUCUCGAAAAGGCUGUGGAAACUGCAAAUUGCGAAAAAUCAAGGUAUUUCUCCAGUGCGAUCAAGCGAAGCCUCAGUGCCAGCCCUGUUUGUCCUACGGCGUGGUAUGCAAUUAUGGCAAGGAUGUCAUGGACUUAAGGUUACCGAAGGAGUCACAACAUCUAUGGGUGGCGCAGGAACUCUCUCCAAGUGCGCCUUUGAAAGACCCGAUAUCAACCGAAGCUGCCCUGAAGACGCACACUGUCCCCUUUGAGUUGGAUGCCGGCUCGCUGAGACUUCUGAACCAACUUUACCACCAAAUGAAACUCACAUCUGUUUUCCCCGUGGCAAACAUAUUCCACUUAGCACAAGGGCAGUAUCCAUUUUUGAUGCACGCUGCACUAGCAUUAAGUGCUGCCCAUGACCGGUCUCUCUUCAAGGCAAUACGAAGUGGCCAAGGCCGGACCCUGAGCGAGAUGGCCCAUAUUUUUCAGUGUACAACUCUGCUCAGUCGCAAGUUAUGCCAUGAGAUUUCUCCCGCAGACCGCGAUCCAAUAUGGGCUACUGCAUCGUUUUUAAGCAUUCUAUCAUUUUUGGCCCUCGACGAAUGCGACCCUUCCAAGGCAUGGCCCUUCAAACCCUCGGAGUCGGAUGAUAUGAAUUGGCUCCGCCUGGGCGACACAAAAUGGAAACUCUUCCAGCUCACCCAACCUACUCGACCGGACAGCAUCUUCUACCCCAUGUCGGACAUCUACCAGAAGAUGCGUGCAUACAAACCUACUAGUAGCAUUCACAGCAUUUCCCCAGAGCUUCAAAUUUUAUGCAGGCUCGAUGAAUGGUCUCAACCUGAAACAAGCCCUUACUUUGAAGCUGCCGAAAUAAUCACCAGAUUGGGCAAGUGGCGGGAUUUUGAGAUUCCAUUUACCGAAGCGAUGGCAUUCAUAAUUUACACUAGCCCUUCUUUCAAAAGCCUUCUUUUAAUGAAAGAUCCCGUAGCAUUAGUGCUCCUUGCAUUGUGGUAUAGCAAGGCGAGCAAGACCAUUUGGUGGAUUGAUCUUCGGGGUGCCACUGAACUUGAGGCUAUAUGCAUGUACCUACGGAAAUAUCACUAUGACGACUUGGCCAUCAUGGGUUGUCUCCGAUGUUGUUAUGGAAAGGCACAGGGACCAGAUUUGCUCUGUCAAGAAGGCUACACCUAUUGA